CACCUUACUCACCUAGCCAAAAUGGAGUAGCAGAGCGAUUUAAUCGCACAAUCCUCGAAGCUGUAAGGGCCAUGCUUGUUGCCCGAAACUUACCUCAUCAUUUAUGGGCUGAAGCAGCCUCAUAUGCCGUAUAUUUACGAAAUAGAGCGCCAUCAGCAGCCUUGGCUGGCAAGACCCCUGAAGAAGCCUGGACUGGAAGGAAGCCAAAUGUGUCGCAUCUACGCGAAUUUGGUUCAGAAGUAUGGAUAAAGGAAGAAGGAAAUAUUAGCAAACUCUCACCUCGAGCCAGAAAAGCAAUAUUUGUUGGGUUUGAUGAUGGGCCAAGGGCAGUACGAUAUUAUGAUCCUGAAACUCGCAAAGUCAGAAGUUCCAGGAACUUUACCUUUGGGAAUAAUUCUACCAUCGAAAAUGACCCACCAUAUCGCGAAAUACUGCUUGAGGGGGAGAAAGAGAAGGAAGUCAAUCAGCAAAUCGCGCCAACCAGCGAGUCUGACACCUCUAACUUACCUCAAACAUCCACUAUAAACCCUCCAAAAGUCAUACGAAGAGGUCCAGCACUUCCAAUCGAACCAAGAGUCAAACAUGGUCGAGCAGCCAAGAAGGAUAUUGACUAUUCAUAUAAAACCACUCGAGCUCGUCCUUCAUCAGCACAGUCUGAAGACGAAGUAGAGGGCAUAGUCAGUAACAAAGGGGCUCAAAGGAGUUCAGAAGUUCAAUAUGAUCAAGAACCUGAAAGUGAGGACGACACACCUCUUCAUGAUGAGGAAGCCAAUAUCACAAGGGCCUAUGUAGCAAGCGAAAUCGAGUCGAACCAUGAAGUUCCACAAAAUAUCCACCAAGCGAAGAAAUCUGCUGAAUGGAACCACUGGAAGGAAGCUAUGGACGAAGAGUAUAGCCAACUUACUAAUAUGGGUACAUGGGAACUCGCAGAUCCAAAGCAAGACAGAAAGCUAAUUGGAUCUAGAUGGGUUUUUGCGAAGAAAUACGAUGAGAAUGGGAAAGUCUCAAAGUAUAAAGCGCGCCUAGUAGCCCAAGGAUUCAGCCAAAUCCCAGGAAUUGACUAUACUGAAAAUUACGCACCUGUAGUUCGUUUGGAUGCGAUCAGAACCUGCAUAGCAGUAGCAGCCAUCAAUGAUUGGGAUAUGCGUCAAUUGGACAUCAAAGGAGCUUACCUCAAUGCCGAACUCGAAGAGGAACUCUAUAUGAGGCAGCCAGAUGGGUUCAAUGACGGAUCCGGACGAGUCUGUCAUCUCAGACGUUCUCUAUACGGAUUGAAGCAAGCUGGACGUGUCUGGAACAAGAAAUUUCACGAGACUAUCAGCAAAUUCGGUUUUGUACGAACCAAUGCCGACCCCUGUGUCUAUUACAAAGCUCUCAAAGGAAAAAUCACAAUACUCACGAUUUGGGUUGAUGAUAUAAUCCUCAUGGGUGAUGACACGAUGGAAAUCGAGCAUACAGCAAGGAGCCUUGGUGAAAUCUUCGAGGUGAAAGACCUUGGGGAGCCAAAGCUAUUGCUAGGCAUCCAGAUCAUUCGUGACCGAAAAGCUGGCACCAUUACAUUAUCCCAGAAGAAUUACAUCAUCUCUAUACUCGCCAGGUUUGGAUUUAGCAAUCUAAAUGGCACAUCUACUGCCGUUGAUCCGAAUAUCAAGCUUACCAAGCGAGACAAUAUUACAAACCCCCCAAAUCCUGACGAUGUACAGAGAUACCAAGCAAUGCUAGGCUGUCUGAUGUAUGCAGCAGUCGGGACAAUGCCACAAAUCUCAUACGCAGUCCAAAUGCUUAGCCAAUUCUCCACAAAUCCAGGCCCAGAGCACCUUACUGCCCUCAAACGCGUCUAUCGAUACCUUGCUUCAGCAAAGGAUACCUAUAUUGGACUUACAUACAAGAAAAGCGAGAGCUCUACAUCCUUUAUAGGGUAUACAGACGCAGAUUGGGCAUCAAAUCCAGUCGAUAGGAAGUCGAUUUCUGGCUAUGUAUUCCUUCUAGGAGGUGGAGCGAUUUCAUGGAGCUCUAAGAAGCAAACUGUAGUCGCUUUAUCGUCAACAGAGGCAGAGUAUAUCGCUGCAGCGCACGCCACAAGACAUGCUACAUGGCUACAGCGCCUGCUGACUGAUAUAGGCCUUGAAAAUCACGCGAAUACACUUUAUAUCGACAACCAAUCAGCUAUUUCACUUGCAAAUGAUGUCAUGUUCAAUCAAAGAACCAAGCACAUCGAUAUACAGUACCACUACCUUCGAGAAGUCGUCAUGAGCGGACAGCUGACGUCAAAAUACUGCCCUACAAACGAAAUGAUCGCAGAUAUUAUGACAAAAGCGCUUGCACGCCCACAAUACACGAAACUUACCAAUUUAUUGGGUAUGCAGCAAGCUUGA